AACUUCCCAGUGGCAGGUGUGGAAAGCAUAGGGAUGGGAAGUUGUGGCCAGGAGGCCAAACAAGAAUCCUCCACCCGUGCAAUGCUGUGGAGGUUCCAAAACGGACUUUCCUCGGACACGGGUCCCUGGGAGCCGAGCUUCACCAUCCCUCAGAGAAAGCAGGAGGGAUGGAGAGGCAAGUACAUCGCCUCAACACAGCGACCUGACGGGACCUGGCGCAAGCAGCGGAGGGUGAAAGAAGGCUAUGUGCCCCAGGAGGAGGUCCCAGUGUAUGAGAACAAGUAUGUGAAGUUUUUCAAGAGUAAACCAGAACUGCCCCCAGGGCUGAGCCCUGACGCCACUGCUCCUGUCACCCCAUCAAGACCUGAAGGUGGUGAACCAGGCCUCUCCAAAACAGCCAAACGCAAUCUGAAGCGGAAGGAGAAAAGGCGGCAGCAGCAAGAGAAAGGGGAGGCAGAGGCUUUGAGCCGGACUCUCGACAAAGUAUCUCUGGGAGAGACAGCCCAACUCCCCAGUGCUCCACAGGGCUCCCGGGCAGCCCCUACAGCUGCCUCUGACCAGCCUGACUCAGCUGCCACCACUGAGAAGGCUAAGAAGAUAAAGAACCUAAAGAAGAAGCUUCGGCAGGUGGAAGAGCUGCAGCAGCGGAUCCAGGCUGGGGAAAUCAGCCAGCCUAGCAAAGAGCAGCUGGAGAAGCUAGCAAGGAGGAGGGCACUGGAGGAGGAGCUAGAGGACUUGGAGCUAGGCCUGUGAAGCCUUUGGGGAAUAGGAGAAUGGACUGCAGAACAAACCAUAGGGCUCUCUGGGAUCCUGGUGAAUGUGGGCAGCAGCAGUCAGGAGGGCUCUCCCCACAUACUGGCCCACUUCCACCUCUCAUGGCCCAACUCUGUCCUCCAGAGCCUAACCUCUCCUUCAUUCCUUCCUUUUCCUUCUGAACUGCUAUUUUUUGGACUUUUCCCUGCUCCCAUUCCCAGUGUUCAAAAAUCUCAGUGACUACCCCAGGUUCCUUUGCUGCUGAUCCGGGCGUCUUGUUCAAAGGAAAAUUGGGAGGGUGGGAAUCUUUUGGAGAACUGAGGUUGAGGGUGGGGGAGUACGCCCAAGUCUUGGAGUCUUGGUUCUUGUUCAGUGUUUAUGGAUUAUUUCCCCCGCCCCCCCAUCCAUGACUUUUUUUUUUAAAGAACAGAAUAAACAAGUAGACAAAUUGUC